AUGGUGGAAAAUUCUAACAUUUAUGUAAAUGGAGACUCCAAAGAAAAGAAGAGCCUCCAACAUGCCACUGAAACCCUUUUGGGGAAGACAAUCACUCUUGAGGUUGAACCCUCAGAUACAAGAGAAUAUGUAAAGGCCAAGAUCCAGGAUAAGGAAGGAAUUCCUCCUGAUCAGCAAAGACGGAUCUUUGCUGGUAAGCAACUGCAAUAUGGACAUAUUCUUUUUGGCCAACACAAUACUUUACAUGGCUAUAACACUCAAAAGAAGUCCACUUUUCAUCUUGCCUUGAAACUUUGUGAUGGUGCUAAGAAAAGGAAGAAGUCUUACACUACUCCUAAGGAGAAUAAGCAUAAGAGAAAGAAGGCUGAGUUGGCUCUCCUGAAAUACUACAAACUGGAUGAGAAUAACAAAAUCAGUUGCUUUUGCCUGAAGUGCCCUUCUGAUGAAUGCAGUGCUAGAGUUUUUAUGGCCAGUCACUUCGACAGACAUUGUGGCAAAUGUUGUCUAACCUGUUGCUUCAAUAAAAUGAAAGACAAGCCCAGCAGAUGCAGUCACAAACUGUACAUCACUUGUAGCUCCAAACAAGCUGCCAAGAGCCCAUCACAAUCAGCCUCUUUCAUUGGCCUGCACCAGAAUCUCUCCCAAGAGGUCCAGAACCAGAGAACCAAAGAUCUAGAGGCCAGCUUCGGACAUCAGAGCAGGAUCCAAUAA